UUUAUUUGUGAACUAAAAUACAUGCAACAACAAAAAUUUCACCUUUCCGACUAAUGUUUGGUGAUGAUGUAGUGUUUCCAGAAGAUGUCUUAGAGAAUUACACGGUAAGUGUAUGUUAUUCCCAGCACCUUUCAUGUACACAUGGCAUUCUGUGUGCCUUCAUUUUACAAAUACAACCACUUCUCCAUUUGUUUACAAAGAUCCCAGAUCUGAAUAUGUUAGUGGAAGAUUUCUUCAAAGAGAACAGCAUGAAUAUGAAAUCAAGACAUGACGCUGACAUUGUGCUGCCACUAAGUAACAUUACUAAAGCACAAGAAAAACAACAAAGACAUUAUGCUAAAAAGACUUCUAAAUAUGGGGAAAUAACAUUUGAAGUUGGGGACUCUGUACUAUUACUGAAUACUAGACAGAGAACAAGAAAAGAAGGAGUAUUGGAAUCUAAAUAUCAUGGACCAUACAAAAUUAUGAGUGUUGAAGGUAAGAGAGUGAAAUUACAAACCAUCUCAGGGAAACAGUUAGGAACCAUGUACAGUAUUGCACACUUAAAACCAGUAAAAGAGCCAACAACAUUAGCUGCUGAAAGCACAUCAGAGGGAAAAACUGGCACUGAAAUUGGAGUUGGUGACGCUGAACCAGAAACACCCAGGGAAGAGAUUAGAGAAGUGGAUGGCACUGUAUCUCAUGACAGCAAAGUGGAAAACAUAGAGGUCACAGCAAUAGAAAAAGAGGAAUAUAUAGGGCAAGAUGUGUCAAACAAUGAUACAAGUGAUGCUGAUGACAGUUUUGAUGACAUGCUUACAGAGGAAGUGGAAGACAAGCAAUGGCUUCUGAAAGUAAAAUUGGUAAUGACCAGCAAACACACAGAGAGACUGGAGGCGAAAGUGAGAAACAUAAAAUUGUAUGGCUCUUCAUUUCAUUGCCUGAAACCGAGAAGCUGGAUAAGUGAUGAGGUUAUUGAUGCAUUUUUGAGCUGUGUAGUUGAGAAAGCAGAUGGAAAGAGUGAAUUACUUCAAAAUGAUAUAUUAUUGCUUCCUUACCACACACCAGGUCAUUGGGUUCUUGCGGUAAGAUGUUUUGUAUUGUGCUUCUGGAUUAUGGGCAAUAAAUGUGGCAAUAAAUAAGAGAUUUGUAACACAAAUAUGGUAGUGGUGAUAUACUUUGCCAUGCUGCGGGUUUUCUGGGAGUGCAGUGCAUGCUAAGGAAAGUGGAAUGUGAUUGUUAAAAAUACAUUGAUACUGUCAAUUUACAUUGUUCAUGUAACAUGGAAGAAUACAUUCUGUAAAGAGUUGAUUGAUUUCACAAUAUGAUUAUAGGUUGUGUGUUUCUGUUACAUUACAAAUGAUUAUAUGUUAAUUGCAUACUGAUUGUUGAUAUAUUUUUUGAAUAUAUAUAAAUUUUUUGAGAUAAUCACAUUACCAAUACAUUUUAUGAAUAUAUUUAAAC